UAACGUUUGAACGUUUGAUCCUCAGAGGGUUUCUGCAGACAUGGAGCUUCUACCACUUCUGUUUCUGAGCUUCUGUUUCCUGACUUUGUCCGGACUGACGUUUGGUGCUGAAUCCGCGUCACCUGUGAUUGUGAUGGAAGAUGAUGAUGUCAUUUUACCCUGCUCCCUCAGCACCAAUGAGAACAUUGAGUCAAUGCUGUUUGUCUGGAAGAAGGAAGGAACAGUUCCUCGAAAGGAGGUGUUCAUGUAUGAUGCCGGCACAGACAGCAAAGGUCAAGAUGAGGAGUUCAAAGGUCGAGUCUCACAUUUUCCAGAACAGCUGAAGCACGGAAAUGCCUCCAUAAGAAUAAAUAAAACUACCCUGGAGGACAAUGGAAACUACACCUGCAGUUUUCCAAUCAUCCAGUCCAGUGGAAAAACAUUCCGCAUUGAACUUGUUGUUGGUGCAGCUCCACAGCCUUCUGUCACAAAUCUUGAUCAAACAAAUGACUGGGCGCUGCUUCAGUGUGAUGUUCAGGGUGCCUACCCCAAACCUACAGUGGAGUGGUGGAACAGUAACAAUCAAACCAUUCCUUCUGAGGAGCCGCAGGUCUCUAAAAAUGGAGAGCGCUUCUAUGUCACCCUCAAAGCUACUGUGAGAAAGAUCGACCGCUAUCGCUGUGUUGCCACACAGAAGGAAAUCCACCAUCAGAUCUAUAAGGAAAUCAAUGUACAUUUAAAUGGUGCAGCUCCAAAGCCAUAUGUCACAAUGCUUGAAACAAAAGGACAGCUGGAGUGUGAAGUUCUAGGUGCUUCUCCUAAACCUACAGUAGAGUGGUGGGACAAUAAUAACAAAACACUUCAUUCUAAGAUGUUACAGUACAAAGAAGAACACGGUCUCUCCUACAUCACCAUCCAAACUACUGUGACCAAGCCUGGCUGCUAUCGCUGUGUAGCCACACAGAUGGACAUUGGGCAUCAGAUUCCUUCUUCAAAGAUCUGUGUGCAUGAUGUUACUCGGUCUGGGACUGGAAUGACUAGAGCUGCUCUUGUUUCUGUUAUUUUUGGAAUCGUUGGAAUUCUUGCUUCUGUUUAAUAUUUAUGCAAAGGUUGAGUUCCACAGGGAAUACAGGAGGAGGCAAGUGCUCUGACAUGGGAAGGAUAUAGAGCAGCAGGUUAUCUAAAAAAUAAAGACCGCGCAGACCAAUCUCUCCAGUGCUUAAAUUCUCCUGCUGUGAAGGAGGAAGUUGUGCAAAGGAUGGGACAUAACCUCCACUUCAGAGAUCUCCACCCACUGCAUUCUAUUUCUUAAAGUUGGGUGUGCAUUGCUAUUACGUUUUCCAGGAUGUAUAACUAUACACCGGAGUGUUAUUAAGAAUUGCUAUUAAGAAUAAAUUUCCUGGAUAAAAGUGAUGAAACUGCAUUAAAAGCAGUGCAAUUGUCCCUGAACGGUUUGAUCCAAGUUGCCUUAUUUGUAUUUUUUUCUAAAUGUAAUGUGAAAGGAAAGCAAGAUCAUAGAGUAAGGCAUGACACUUAAACAAAGAAAGUGACAUAAAAAAGAGAACAAACUAUAAGAGAGGGAACUGAGCGAUUUGAGCAGUGGUCUUCAUCAUUUUUCAGCAUCUUUUUUAGCCAUAAACACACAGAUAAUGAGUAUUUGGUGAGUUACUGUAAAAUAGUGUGAAACUCAGAAUGAUUUCAGGCAGAUUAUAAAUGAGCCUGUAUGUUUCUUUAUUUCUUUUUGAAGGUGCCAAGCCAGUCUGUGAGGUAUGCUGUUCAUGACUGAUAUUGUGAUUAUACUGAAAGUGUGUUUAUGCUGGUAAUUGAUGAUUUUACAUUAUAAUCUCAUUUCAAAAGGCUGUUUAAAGAUUUCUGCAAGUGUCCAAAAAAUGAAAAUGACUACAU